AUGAAUGACAAUAAUGGUCUUUCCGCAUCGUUGGUCGAGACGAUAGCUGGCUUUACUGCCGGCGUUUGCUCAACUCUGGUCGUCCACCCGCUUGAUAUUGUCAAGACAAGGCUCCAAGUGGACCGGUUUUCCUCCUCACGCAUUGGUAGCUCGCUCCGCAUUAUCCGUGACAUAUCUCUCAAUGAAGGUGGAAUACAGGCAUUCUAUCGAGGCCUUACGCCUAAUCUUGUCGGAAACUCCGUGAGCUGGGGCUUAUAUUUCCUAUGGUACGGGGUCCUGACAACCAUACUUACCAAUCCAAUAUGGGUUAUCAAAACACGAAUGCUUUCCACCGGCGCUCAUGUACCAGGCGCAUAUCCCUCAAUGAUCUCAGGACUCCGACAGAUAUACCGUACAGAAGGCAUUAGUGGCUUCUACCAGGGGUUGGUCCCUGCUAUGUUUGGGGUAAGCCACGGUGCUUUGCAAUUUAUGGCAUACGAAGAGUUGAAGAGAUACCGUACACGCAUGACCCAACCUUCCUCUCCAGACGGACUCACGAACCCGACCGAUACGCCCCCGGCACAGCUCAAGGCCCUGAGCAAUAUCGACUACCUCGUACUCUCAGGGCUAUCUAAGAUUUUCGCAGGCUGUGCCACCUAUCCUUACCAGGUUCUUCGGGCCCGGUUACAAACGUACGAUGCAAGAGGAACCUAUAAAGGUGUUCGUGAUGCGUUUGUGCAAACAUUGCGAACUGAGGGACUAGCUGGAUUCUAUAAGGGCCUGGGACCAAACCUGGUCCGCGUCUUGCCCAGUACGUGGGUUACCUUCCUGGUGUAUGAGAAUGCAAGGAUAUACCUCCGGGUAGAUAAAUGA